AUGCUUCAAGUCACCUCCACGCCAUUCUGGGACAGGCCCCAACCCAACCUCGCCAGCAUGCCACCCGAGAUCCUGGAGAGAAUUAUCACCUUCACGUUACCGCACAAAGUCCACGUGGACGAAUUUUCUCGAUCAGUUGGUUGGGAGCAAAUUGAGUACAAAUGGAUGCCACAUGCCCAUGGCCAUGUGCUCCUAGACAGUCUAGACUGGGUUCCUGGCUUGUUCCUUGUGUCCAAGUCCUUUCGCCAGAUUGCACGUCAUGUUCUGGCUCACCACGUCGACGUGACUUUCAAAGAACACUACCGUUACCCCAACUAUCGUGGUGGAGUGCCUCGUGAUGUUGCGAAGCAGCAUCGUGCGCACUUCGAGAGAUUGUUUGCGGUAGAUGAGCAGCAGGGUCCUUCUGAUUAUCUGACGUGGGCGAAAGGCGCGGGACGGGAUGGGGUUAUGGUGGCGACAGUUCGUGCGUUCAUGGCUUCCCCACACGGUGGAAUUUGGGGAGAACUGGGAUAUUGA